GGGAAAUUGACAUGCUCAGGAGCAAAUGACAGUGGGCAGUUGAACGGCAGCCAGAGCGCUAAGACGCCAACUCCAGGGAGAGGCAAAGAAGCAGAAGGUUCGGAAUCAGUCUCCUAGACUUAGCAAGAUGGGUGACUGGAGCUUCCUGGGGGAGUUCCUGGAGGAGGUCCACAAGCACUCCACAGUCAUCGGCAAGGUCUGGCUCACCGUCCUGUUCAUUUUCCGAAUGCUGGUCCUGGGCACUGCUGCUGAGUCCUCCUGGGGAGAUGAGCAGGCUGAUUUCCGGUGCGAUACCAUUCAGCCUGGUUGCCAGAAUGUCUGCUACGAUCAAGCCUUCCCCAUCUCUCACAUUCGCUAUUGGGUACUGCAGAUCAUCUUCGUGUCCACGCCGUCUCUGGUCUACAUGGGCCACGCCAUGCACACAGUGCGCAUGCAGGAAAAGCAGAAGCUGCGGGAUGCCGAGAAAGCCAAAGAGGCCCGUGGCACGGGUGCCUAUGAGUACCCGGUGGCCGAGAAGGCAGAGCUGUCCUGCUGGAAGGAAGUGGAGGGGAAGAUUGUCCUCCAGGGCACUCUACUCAACACCUAUGUCUGCACCAUCCUGAUCCGCACCACCAUGGAGGUGGCCUUCAUCGUGGGCCAGUACCUCCUCUACGGGGUCUUCCUGGACACCCUGCAUGUCUGCCGCAGGAGUCCCUGUCCUCACCCAGUCAAUUGCUAUGUCUCGCGGCCCACCGAGAAGAACGUCUUCAUUGUCUUUAUGCUGGCUGUGGCUGCACUGUCUCUCUUUCUCAGCCUGGCUGAGCUCUACCACCUGGCCUGGAAGAAGAUCCGACAGCGCUUUGUCAAGCCCCGCCAGGGAACGGAUAAGCACCAUUUUCUUGGCCCCUCCACCAGCCUAGUCCAGAGCCUCACUCCUCCCCCUGACUUCCAGCAGUGCCUGAAGAACAGCCCUGACGAGAAAUUCUUAGGUGACUUCAGUCAUAACAUGGGUUCCCGGAAGAACGCAGACACUCUAGCUACGGAGGAAGCGCCGGACCAGGAGCAUAUUUCUGGGGAGGGUUUCAUCCACAUGCGGUAUGGCCAGAAGCCCGAGGAGCCCAGUGGAGCCUCUCCAGGCCACCACCGCCUUCCCCCGAGCUACCAUGGUGACAAGCGCCGCCUUAGCAAGGCCAGCAGCAAAGCAAGGUCAGAUGACCUGUCAGUGUGACCCUCUGAGGGAAGGCCCGUCCCAGAAAGGAUCUCAGGAGGCUGCUGGCAGGGAGAAGCAGUCUCUUAUAACAGCAUCAUCUUCUUCUCAGCACUGCUGUGCUCCUUCUGACCCCAGGUCUGGAUGGCGUUGAUCAUCAGUUCUCAAAAAUACAGUUUGAGAGUGUUCUCAAAGACAGGGCUAGUCCUCAGGUCCUGUCCCUCUUCAUCCUCUACCAGUAUACACAGUGAAGGCUUUCACAUGAUUUACUGGAUAGGGUGGAGGCAGGGACGGAAACCAUGGCAAAAUCUGGCCUGGGAAGGGCAGACCAACACCAGCAACAUACCAGAUAGGACCUCCAAGUCUUGGCUUCUUUGGCACUAUGUACACUUUUUUUUUUUUUUUUUUUUAAGAUCCCAAGGUUCUCAGCCAAUGGAGAGUAUUCAUCAGGCAAUUUACAUUGUAUCAUUCCCUUGAAUUUAUUGUUGCCAUGGACCAUACCUCGGAGUGGAGGUGAGGUAGCUGUGGGCUGCCCUAGGCUACAUGUCCCUCCUCCCAGUCUUAAGGGGCUAUCCUUGGACCUUGGCCAGCAUCGGCUUUACAAGUGCCUUGGACUGUGCCUUUGGUACACAUCUCAUCCUCGUGAUGUCGUAGCCUUUCUGCCAGGAGAGACACCCGAGCACAAGGGUGCCAGGACCUCUAGGGGUUCACUGUACACACAAGUGUCACUGGAAUUGCCACCACCUGUCAUCCUGCAGUCCUUUACAGUUCAACCUGAUGAUAGAAACCAUCCUUGCCUACCUCUGCGGCUGUUCAACCAGGGUUCCUCCAAAACCUUGGUUAACAAGAAUGUCCGAGAAGCCACCAUCCUCUCUUGAAUCCUAGCCAGGUUACCAGCCACCAAGUUCAGCGGAAUUUUCCCAGGAUUUAGUGAAACAAAGAAGCAUUGUGCUUCUUGGGUUCUCCUGGGAAAAAACAAUUCUGCUGUGAAGAUGAAAAUUUAAAAAAAAAAAAAAAUGAGAGACGACCCUGAAGAGCCGGUUUCCCUCCUAUACGCGUCUUCCACUGUUCAAGUGCCAAGAGGCCCCAGACCUCUCUCUUAGAGGCAUCAAGGGCACCGGGAAGAAGGAGGGGAUCUCCAGUUGUUUUUGGCAAGGCCCUUAUUUAAAUUCCCAUGUUUCCUUGGUACCCCUCGGAAGACUACCAACCAGGGAAGGACUGCAGAAAAGCCCUGCCUUCCUCAGGAUCUAGCCUGGGGUCUCCACUGAUUAGAUCCAUAAUAGGUGUCUUCCAUUUUUUUUUAUGCAGAUGAAAGAUGCUCAGAAUCAGACACCGAGACUCAGAGACACAUUGCUACAUUAAAAUAGAUUUGUGUGUGUGCAUGCUCACCCGUGUGUGUGUGUGUGUGUGUGUGUAUGUGUAUAUGUGUGUGUACAUAUGCAUAUGUAUGUGUGUGCAUAUGCAUGUGUAUGUGUGUGUCCAUAUGCAUAUGUAUGUAUGUAUGUGCACAUGCAUGUAUAUGUGUGUGCACAUGCAUGUGUAUGUGUGGGCACAUUCAUGUGUGUGUGCGUGUGUGUGUGUGUGUGUGUGUGUGUGUGUGUGUGUGUGUGUUGACAGCAUGGGGAAGAAAAGUCCUAAAGAACGUAAGGAAAGGUGCAGAGAAGCUUGGCUCUUCCCGCCUCCCUUUCAGCUGUCUGGCAGGAGGUCUGAGCUUACAUCUUAAGCAGCCUAAGGGACAGGCAUGAGAAGUCAGAACAGGCAGGUGAAGGUUCAGAGGUCAUUCUCAUCCCCUGACCCAUUUCUGGGUCCCUCUGCUGGCAUUUGGAUGUUACUGAUGGGUAGAAAGAAAGGCUUGGGCAGGAAGGGACAGGGUACUUGGGAAAGCACAUGGGAUGUUCCAGCCCUCAACACGUUUCAUCAGUUGCCGACACAGGCAUUACGAUUCUCUGUUCUUCUAGUUACCGGCUGUGUUUAUUUUCUGAAAUGAGUGUUUUUGAAUUAGAAAAUCUAAGGCCAGCCUUUGAUGGUGAGGUCUUCAGAAGGGAGAAAGGAACUAAUAUGUGUAACUUGUUUAAAUAAAACCUGCCUCUACACGUUAA